AUGUUGCUGGCGGCGCGGGCCGAGUAUCUCGCGCCCUGGUGGACGUCCUGGCUGCACGGGCUCCCCCAUUUGAGCUUCAGCUUGCGACCCGUGCCCAACGCUUUCCGCCCGAGGGACGACGACUACCAGCAGUCCUUGAUCCUCUUGGCUCUGACCGGAGUUCUCUUCUUGGGUCUCAACCUGGUUUUCCUUGGCAUCUAUCUCAUUUGCCUGUCUUGCUGCAAGAAGGAGGAAGAGUCGGAGACUAAGAAGCCCAAUUCUUGCUGCAUCACCUGGACUGCAGUGGUAGCCGCUCUCAUGUGUUGUGCGGCUGUUGGCAUUGGGUUUUAUGGCAACAGUGAAACCAACGAUGGGAUUUAUCAGCUGAUCUACGCCCUUGAUAAUGCUAAUCACACCCUCUCAGGGGUUGAUUCACUGGUCUCAGGCACUACUACACAGAUGAAAAUAGUUCUGGAGCAGCAUGUGGCCCGCUUGAAUGAGAUCUUUGCAACCCACAGUGAAUAUGUACAGACACUCAAAUUCAUGCAGCAGAUGGCAGACAAUAUUGUGUUGCAACUGUCAGGGCUCCCUACCUGGAGUGAUGUCACUGUAGACUUGUCCAUGAUUGCCAAUGAAGUCAGCUAUGUAGAAUAUUAUAGAUGGCUCUCUUACCUCUUGCUGUUCAUUCUGGACUUGGUGAUUUGCCUUAUUGCUUGCCUGGGGCUGACUAAGCACUCCAGAUGUCUGCUUAUUACGAUGCUGUGCUGUGGACUUUUCACACUUUGUCUCAGCUGGGCUUCCUUUGCAGCAGAUGUUUCAGCAGCAGUGGGUACCAGUGACUUUUGCGUGUCCCCAGAUGAAUUCAUUGUGAAUAUGACAAAAAGUGACCUCAGUGCAGAAAUCGUACAAUACUAUCUGUAUUGUAGACAAAGUCUGACCAACCCCUUUCAACAGGCCCUGACUAUUUACCAGCGUUCUCUCACAACUAUGCAGAUCCAGAUUCAGGGUCUUGUGCAGUUUGCAGUGCCUUUUUUCCCAACAGCCAAAAAAGACCUGCUUGAUAUACAGAAGUUAUUGAACUACUCUGAAAUCAAUCUCCACCAGCUGACUGCCAUGCUGGACUGCAGGGGCCUUCACAAGGAUUACCUGGAUGCCUUGGUUGGGAUCUGCUACGAUGGGGUGGAAGGCUUGCUCUACCUCACCCUCUUCUCUCUGAUGGCUGCUGUAUCCUUCUCCAUCAUCAUAUGUGCCAUGCCUCGAGCCUGGAAACAUUUAGCUAGCAGAGAUCGGGAUUACGAUGACAUAGAUGAAGAGGACCCCUUCAACCCACAGGCUCGACGUAUUGCUGCCCACAAUCCCAAUCGUGGGCAACUCCGUAGUUUCUGUAGCUACAGUAGCAGCCUGGGCAGUCAGACAAGCCUUCAGCCUCCUGCCCAGACCAUCUCCAAUGCACCAGUGUCUGAGUAUAUGAACCAAGCUGUGCUCUUUGGUGGGAAUCCACGGUAUGAAAACGUCCCCCUGAUUGGAAGAGGAUCACCUCCCCCCACGUAUUCUCCAAGUAUGCGAGCCACCUAUCUUGCGGUUAAUGAUGAUUUCCGGCGACAGCCUAGCAACGAAUUUCCAGCCUAGCACUCAGAUUGUAGAGAAGAAACCACCUGCGAUGCUAUAGUGAAACCCAAUAAUAACUCUGAAGGCCCAUAGACUGCUGGGAAUAAGAUUGCUUUCCUAGCAAACUGGUCAGGUGUUCAAAAGGUGUUGAAAACAGAUCAGCUGAAGAAAAUUCCUGCUGGCCGUCCAGGUGCUCUUCAAGGAUUAUCCUGUGUGCUUGACUGGCAGCGUUUCUUCUUCCAAUAUUACGUCUUCCUCCGUUGCAGACCCAGAAUGGUACCCAGAUCUUCCAUCCAAAGAGCUAGGGGUCAGAGGUCUAUUGAUUUCCUGCUCAUUUUCUGUCACUGCUGCAAGUGGCCUCCCCAAACUUUGUUUUCUUACAUUGGGGAGAUGUGAAAUUAGGAUUUGGCUUGUCAUGGGUUUGCAAUUAAGCUAUGAGUCCUGUUUCCUUUUCCUCUGCCCUAAUUUUGGGGCAGUUUUGUUCAUCUCUGAUAGGGUGGUUCAGUCUUCCUUUUUUUGU